AUUCAAAAGGCAGUCAAGAAAUCUGCAAGACGGGAACAGCUGCAGCGAGAAGAGACUGAACAAAGACGAUUGAAGAGUGUUUUGGAGCUUCAGUAUUUACUCGACCAGCUGGGAGAAGACUGUGUCAGACAGGACCUUAAACACCCCGAUGCCUCUGGUGCACCUUUGCUCACUGAUGCUGAACUCUCAUCCCUCGAUGAGUUUUACAAAUUGGUAGGACCUGAGAGGAACUACGAUGUAAGGUUGACUCACCAAUAUGAAGAAGCAUCACUACACCUGUGGGAACUGCUUGAGGGUCGAGACAAGGCUGUAGCAGGGACCACGUACAAGUCACUGAAGGAAACCCUGGACAAAGUGCUGCAGAGUGGUUACUUUGACAGAGCGCAAACUCAUCAAAAUGGGACAUGCGAGGAGGAAGAAGAGCAAGAGGAACAGACCGUGGUGGCUGAGUCUAAAGCUGUGGAGCAGCCAUCGGAACCUGGAUUCGCUAGUGAAAAAAAUACAGAGCCCGUUAAAGUGGAAACUAUAGAG